AUGGGUAAGCGUGAGCGGGAGGGGAGUGGGGGCAGCACGAGCUCCACUGAUUCGCUUUUCUCUUCUUCUAGCAAUCAUAAGAGUGAGGCAAAAAAGCAACGAAGUUCUACGAAGCAAAAAAAGCAAAACACCACAAAAAAAGAUAAAAAGGAAAGGAAUAGCACUAGUAGAAGUAGGAGUAGUUCUCUUAGUAGUAGAAGCAGUGACAUCAGUAGUAGCAGUAGCAGCAGUAGCAGCAGCAGCAACAGCAUUGAUAUUCACAGUUCUAAGAAGGAUAUCAAGAACAACAUUCAUAAAAAUAGUGAACUAGGAUCCGGUUCGACCAAAUAUAAUGUUGUGAACUCUAAAAGUAAAGCUCUGUCAGGUAGUUCUGACAAGGAGCUGAAAGCAGGUGAUGACACUUAUCAUACUUCUCUCUCUGAUAAUGAGUAUGGCAAUUUCCACGACACGAAUAAUAGUAAUAAUAAUAAUAACAUUAAUAAUAAUAAUAUUAAUAAUGAGGAAUUCUCAGAACCACGAGGUCCUGCUGUUCGUGUAGAUGAAAAUGUUAUCUUCAGUGAUAGUGACUCCAGUCACGAUCCAUUUGGUGGAGACUCCUCCGCCUCCAGUGCGGAUGAAGCCGAUGGCAUUGAUGAUGCCAAACUCACAGAUAUUCGUGAGCGAUUACUCACACAUGCACAAAUCACCGCCGCCGGGCGAAGACCAACCAUCACCACCGCAACGACUACCAACACAAGCGGAAAGAACUCAACAACGAAUGGACUGCAGGAACUUCGAGAGGCAUUACUGCAGCCCGUCACAUCCACAGCAUUGACUGUCGUAAAUGCCACGGAUGAAUCUCAUGAUCUCAUGAAUGCCGUUGUGACGGCGAAGUUGCCGCCCCCUCCGCCCGAAGAUGCGAAGCGGCUGCGUAAAUUAAAAUACGUUGACCACGCGAGUGUGGAAUAUCCGCCCAUUCGUCGCGACUUUUACGUCACUCCACCAGAUGUGAAGGGACUCACCGCAGAGGAGAUGAAACAAUUAUUGAAGGAAUUGGAUGGGGCAAAGGUGCGGGGACGUAAUCCACCGCGGCCUAUGCGCAGUUGGAAUGGAUCUGGAUUACCAGACUCUGUACUGGAUGUGCUCACACGUGAAGGGUUUCAACAACCUUUUGCUGUUCAAUCUUUAGGAGCUCCGGCUCUCAUGAGUGGACGAGAUCUUCUCGUUACCGCAAAAACAGGUUCAGGAAAAACACUAGCCUAUUUAUUACCUCUUAUUCGACACUGUAUUGGACAAGAAUCAUGUAAAAAAGGUGAAGGACCUAUUGGACUUAUUCUUGUUCCUACACAUGAAUUGGCUGCACAAAUUGUACAAGUGGCAGAAAAAUUAUGUAAAGCUGCUCAACUUAGGUUAGUUUCUUCUUAUGGAUUAACACCACUUGCAGAUAAUAUUAAACAAUGUAGAGCAGGAUGUGAAGUAAUGGUUGCUACUCCAGGUCGACUUCUUGAUCUUCUUACUAUCAAUGAUGGUUCUGUACUUUCGCUAAAAUGUGUAUCAUUUGUUGUAGUAGAUGAGGCAGAUCGUAUGUUUGAUAGUGGUUUUAUGGAACAUGUAGAGGCUUUUUUGAAAAAUAUUCGACCAGAUCGACAAACUGCAUUAAUUAGUGCAACUAUGCCAAAAGAAUUAAAAAAAGUUAUUAUGCAUCAUUUAAAAGAUCCUGUAGAAAUUACAGUAGGAGGUAAACCAACACCUGCUUCAAAUGUGGAACAACGCUUCUUUUUCUUUGAUGAAGAAGUUUAUGAAGUAGAAGAAACGAAUCGUACAGAAGAUAAAAAAUUUUUAAAAUUACUUCAAAUUCUUGGUGAUGAGGGUGGUCAAGGGGAACAUCUUGUUAUUAUAUUUACGCAAAGAAAAGAUGAAUGUGAUGAAUUAUUUGCCCGUCUUUCUGCUUGUGGAUAUCAAAAUCGCCUUGCUGUUCUUUACAGUGGUAUGGAUCCAUUAGAUCGUGAAUUUGCUUUAGAGUAUUUUGCACCAGGUAAUCAAUUUAUUCUUAUUGCAACUGGUGUAGCUGAGCGUGGACUUGAUAUUCCUUAUUUAGAACUUGUUAUUAAUUAUACACUUCCAGAUCAUUAUGAAGCCUAUGUACAUCGCAUUGGUCGAACAGGUCGUGCUGGAAAAAAAGGAAAAGCUGUAAGUUUUUUUACACGUGAAAAGGAUGAUGAUAUCGCAGCAGACCUUUGUGAAGGUCUUGAACGGGCACAACAACAAGUACCAGAGGAAUUAUAUGAACGUGCCGCUAAAAUGCGGGAAAAACGUAAAGAAGGUGUUGCUCAACAUAAUACUGGUUUUUACCGUGGUUAUCGUAAAGCCAAGAAACUUCGCUUCACAGAUCGUGAUCAGAAAGAACAAUUUAAAGCCGCCGCCAGGGCCGCAGGAUUGGAAGAAUAUCUCUCUGCAAGUUCAUGCUCAGACUCGGAUCUCUCUGAUGAGGACCAAAAUGAUGGUGAGGAUGAUAAUGAUGGAAAUAACAUUGAAAUUGUUUCCGUACAGGAAGAUGGGACUCGCAGAGGAGGUGAAACCUCAACCGCACUCACACUACACAAAGCCGGCAGUGGAAUGGCUCUCACAACACAACAACAACAAGAUCGGGUGGCAUUGGCACUCGCAUAUGCUCGUAAAACAACAGAAGCUAUUGUGGAUCCCACCGCAACAGGUGUACGAUUUGAGGCGGAGUAUCCUAUUAAUGAUUUACCAGAACUUGUGCGUCUGCGAAUGCAAAGUGCAGCUCUCCUACGAUCUAUUGCAGAAGAAACUAGUACCACCAUUAUCCGCAAAGGUGUGUAUUAUGAUCGGAAAUUUAAACAUUCACACCGACUUCGCGAUGGGGUACGGCCGUUGUAUCUUCUUCUUAUUGGCAAGACCGCAGAGGCUGUACGAGAUGCGGUGAAGAAGCUUAAUGACGCCAAGGCAGAGGCACAGAGUCGCAUUCAGAAAAAGACUUCAGCCCUCGGUGCCCAAAUCUAA